AUGGCACGACAUGAGCCACCGUCCCCUCAAAACGCUUGCAGGUCGAAUACAGGGGGUCGCCUUGGCUCCGAAAUUGACAAUUCGACACCACGACGACCCACUAAACCGGGUCACUCCCUUACGUGGGCCGCUCCAGACAAGGGGCACCACUCCAGCUCCGACCAAGCUGCAACGUCGACGGUCAACGAUUCCAUCCCGCAAUCCUCUCCUCCUACUCCUCCAACAAGACAGCAGCAGCACAAACAUGCGCCGUCCGCCUCCACCAUGGCUGCUGAAACCGAGGUGCAGGAAUACGACGAUUUUGGACUACCGAUAAGGAAAUAUGUGCCUCCCCCACCACCGCCACCACAUCACGAGACCGACUCGCCCGGCGAAGGCGAGCAGGCCGCCGUCGACGGCGCUUCCUCCACCGCCUCCAAGAGGAAGUGGAGCUUGAGCGUGCGAAGGAGACAGUCGACCGCCAGCCAGACCGGCUCCAGAUCCUCGAGCAUCGCCUCGCAAAAACCCAGCAAGAACGACUUAGACUCGGGGAGCGAACAGAGUUUCAAAGAUGCACCGUCAAACCCCGUCACCAGGAUGCCCACCCGUGAGAGUCCUGGUGAUGAUGGUGCCAAGGACGAGCCUCUGACCCCCGUACCACCAAAAAUCGUCACCGAUACGACGACAUCGAACGAAAAGGCCGUGGAGCCUCCCGAGAAAACACCGACACCGCGAGACCCUACUCCCUCAUCCUCAAAAAAGGCGAACGAGGCGGCUGAGAAGAACAGGACAAUGUCAGCAACCAAAAAGAGUGACCAGACUGAGCGAGUGCAGCUCACAGAUGCCAAAGACAAGCCGCCGCCUGCCGCGGCUCCGACUCCGGCUCCGGCUGUGGGCCACAGCCGGGAGCUGAGUGUUGCCAGCGUCACAAGUAACACCACCGAGUCUGCCCAGGUGUCUGAGUUCUCCCACCAGGCCCUCACUACCAAGAAGGAAGAGGAGGAGGAAGACAAGGACGGCGGGUGGCAGACCAUGCCGUCUUUUGCAGCUUACGAUAUUUACGACGAUGACAACAGGCUGGUCGCCAAGGAGUUCAAGGAAGAAGAUGACGACCAAACGUACGGUUACGGCGGGCUCGGUGGUGCAGGCAAGGGGUACACUAGGGUGCUAGUGGACGAUGAUGCCGAUUCGGUCACGAGCAUGGAUGAUAAUACGCAAUAUCUAUUUAGCAAAGCGCAGGGGACGAGCUUGACGGAGGAAGAGGAGGCGCGAGAUGCGGUGUCGCAGAUGCAAGCGACCAAAGACCUGCUUACUGAGGGCCAGCGUAUAGCCUACGUCGGUAUCACCCGGCUGGAGAUAUUUGGCAUGGUCAAGGAGUUUGAGCAAAUGGAACAGACCAAAAAGUCAAGGAAAGAGAUACGGUUUGCGGCCGAGGCCAUGAAAAUGUGGGCACAAAAGAUGAUGAUCCGGCUUUACGCCCACAUGGAAGUCAGUGCCGAGGAGCAGGUCAUGAUAGAACAGCUGACAGACCAUGGCGUCCGCACCGAUGACCUGACGCCCGCGCUCAUGACAAACGCCAGAGUCAAGAACCCCAUGGCAGAAGACGCACAAGAACUGGAGGCGGAAAAGGGAGAUACUCCCAGCUCUAGUUCGACACCAUUGCCAAAAUCCUCAGAUACUGCCCGUGAAAGAGCUCUCAGCCCGUCUGGCUCAACUUUGGGUGCAUCAUCAGACGGAUACAAAAAGCACGAUAACAGUGAUUCGGAAGAUGACGAAGAGUGUGCUGCUCCUCCGCCGCCAUAUCGGGCUCAUGCUAUGGAUGAGAUGGACGACGUCCAGACGCCAAACCAGAUGACCAAGUCUGCACAGAUAGACAUCGACCUGCGAUGGACUGUUCUCUGUGACUUGUUCCUCGUCCUGAUCGCCGACUCGGUCUACGAUUCGAGGUCGAGGUGCCUGUUGGAAAGGGUAGGCAAGAGCCUGGAAAUCACGUGGUUGGAGAUCUGCAGGUUUGAGAAGAAGGUCACAGAUGCACUCGAGAUGCAACAGCAGGCGGAGAAAGAGAACUGGAACGAGGAAGAGCACAUGGACUCGCGACGCAAGAUGGCGCUCAAGCGAAGAUACGUCAUGAUGGGACUGGCAACGGUCGGUGGCGGUCUCGUCAUCGGUCUCUCGGCUGGUUUGUUGGCGCCCCUGAUCGGCAGCGGACUGGUGGCUGGUUUCGCUGCGAUAGGAGUAGGAGCGUCGUCGACCACGUUCCUGGCCGGCGCCAGUGGUACGGCCAUCAUCGCGUCCAGCGCUGCCGCAUCGGGCAGUAUCAUCGGCGUGCGAGCAGCCAACCGCCGUACCGGAUCCGUUCGCACCUUUGAGUAUCGCCCACUACACAACAACAAGCGAGUAAACUUGAUCAUCACAGUGUCCGGCUGGAUGACAGGCAAGGUUGAUGACGUCCGAUUGCCAUUCAGUACGGUUGACCCUACCAUGGGUGACAUCUACUCGAUUUUGUGGGAACCCGAGAUGCUACGGAGUAUGGGUGACACUAUCAACAUUUUGGCCACCGAGGCCCUUACACAAGGAUUGCAGCAGGUUUUGGCCAGUACCUUCUUAACCUCCUUGAUGGCCGCGCUCACUCUACCGGUCGUUCUCACCAAGCUAUCCUAUCUAAUCGACAACCCUUGGGCCGUCUCUCAAGACCGAGCCUGGGCCGCAGGUUUGAUUCUUGCCGACUCACUGAUCGACCGCAACCUCGGUACCCGCCCUGUCACACUGGUUGGGUACUCACUCGGUGCCCGCGUCAUCUUCUCUUGCUUGCUCGAGCUGGCACGCAAGGGAGCUCUAGGCCUAGUGCAAAACGUCUAUUUGUUUGGAGCUCCAGUUGUCGUCAAGCAAGACGAGUGGCUCCGUAUCCGAACGGUGGUGUCUGGCCGCUUUGUCACAGGAUACAGCAAAAGUGAUUGGAUCUUGGGCUACCUUUUCCGCCUGACCAGCGGUGGUAUUCGACGGGUAGCUGGCUUGGCCCCCGUCGAGGGCAUACCUGGAGUCGAGAACAUGGAUGUGUCUGAGUUUGUGCAGGGACACAUGGACUACCGUGCAAAGAUGCCACGGCUCCUGCGCGAGUGUGGUUGGCUCGUAGAGAGCGAUGAGUUUACCGAAAUUGAGGACCCCGAUCCGGAGAACCACGCCGCACGCCAACGUGAGCUCAUCAACGAGAUUGAGGAAGCCAGAAAGGAGAUGGAAAAGGAAAACAAGGCCAGCAAGGGCGGCUGGCUCUCAUUUGGUCGUAAAAGGAAGGCUCUCAAGAGGAAAGACUGGGAGAUCUACGAAGAUCAAGGUGACAAGAACGCCAAUGGAGGGACGACAAGCCCGUCUGGCAAGACUGAAGAUAAAGAAGGCAACAACCAUGGUGUCCUCUUCGAUGUGGACGCCAUCCGCGCUGAGCUGGCCAAGGAGGCCUCGCGCGGUGGUGAUGGGGCUGAAGAGAUAUUGCAAGUGCGAGAGCUGCCAUCCACGCUGCCGCCCAUGAAACUAAGCACGGCAAACUUGGCCCCUAGCCCUGGUCUGGCUCCGACGUCAGCCAUGUCAACAUCUUCACAUUUUCCCAAGUCACCCCGAGAUAAUCUGAGGUCGGCUCAUAGCGCCGGGGCGACACCAACUUAUCGGACAUCUUAUGAGUAUAGGUUAUCGGAAGAGCGAUCGCCCUCCGCACUCAAGGCACCCGGGCAUAAUGGCUACCACGGAGCAAGCCCUAGUCAUAAGACCUUUGAUUACGGUGGCUUUGGCCGAGGUGACGACAUGGACGGCGGUAUUCAGAUGACAUUUGACACGUCCUUUGAUGACACACCCCAUAGGCACGAGGCUGCACCGCCUCCUUUGUACCCGACUUCGACUGCGGGUGUUACGACAGAGGCGCGGACGCUGAAGACAGAGACGCUCAGUGCAGGUUAUUCAACAACCAGCCCCUCGAUCACGACAAGUAGCACAGCGGCGCCGACAGGCGCAGGGCGACCGACUGUAGCAACAUCACAUUCAACUCCUGCGGUGCCGGCCUCGAACCCCUGGGCCAACUAUGAUGAUGAUGACCUAGAAUUUGGGGAGGAGAAGGAGAUAUCCAUGACUUUUGCAUAAUGGGUUUGUGGGCAGAGGGCGAUGGAUUACGCCAGUUACAAAAAGAAAAAAAGGAAAAAAA